AUGGAGAGCAAAUUCUUCUAUUUUGACCUCGACUAUUACGGGGUGAACUUCUAUGAGGAAGAAAUAUUGACUGAGUCUCAGCAGAGGGCCGCAGCAGCAGCCCGCUACCGCUUUGGAAGAGGUGUAAGAGUUCUGCACGAGCUAGGCCAGGACGAUGACGACCUGAGCUUUAAAUGCAAGGGAAACUACAGCCAUGAAACAAGGAAGGAAAUGCAAGCCCAUCCCAAUAAGCCUGCUAAAGCAGCUGGAGUAGUUCCCCGUCGCUCCAACAACAGGCAAAUAAAAUACCAUAAGUUCACCUAUGCCCAACUGAGGGAACUGGAGAAGGCUUUCCAAGAGACCCAGUAUCCUGAUGCACACCAAAGGUAA